GUGCGGCGGGCGGGCGGUGCCUGGCGCCUGGCGGCUGACGGCGGCGAUGAGGGGCGGCGGGCGCCGCGCUGCGCUCCUCGCCUCCUGGGCCGCCUCCCGGCCGGCCCCGCUCCCGCCUCAGCCGCCUCGGGCCGCGCUCCCUCCGGUUCCUCGCAGAGGCUUUGCUGCCACGCUCCUUAGGAAUUCAUACGAUGUGAGAAGAGUUGAUAUCACUCCACUGGAGCAGAGGAGAGUGACUUUUGAUACUCAUGCCUUAGUGCAGGAUCUGGAAGCCCAUGGCUUCGCAAAAGAACAAGCAGAGACCAUCGUAUCAGCGUUAAUCACCCUGUCAAAUGUCAGUUUAGACACAGUCUAUAAGGAUAUGGUUACCCAGGCUCAGCAGGAAAUAACUUUACAGCAGAUAAUGGCACAUUUGGACUCCAUUCGAAAAGAUAUGGUUAUUCUGGAAAAAAGUGAAUUUGCAAACUUGAGAGCUGAGAAUGAGAAAAUGAAAAUUGAAUUAGAUCAAGUUAAACAGCAGUUAAUGAAUGAAACCGGUAAAAUCCGAGCUGACAGUAAGCUAGAUAUAAACCUGGAGAGGAGCAGAGUGACAGAUAUGUUUACAGAUCAAGAAAGGAAAUUGAUGGAGGCAACUACAGAGUUUCAUAAAAAAGAUUCAAGUACCAACAGCGUUAUUUCAGAAAUCAGUAAUAAAAUUGACACUGAAAUAGCUUCCUUAAAAACACUGAUGGAAUCAAAUAAACUGGAUACGAUACGUUACCUGGCAGCUUCAGUAUUCACUUGCUUAGCAAUAGCACUGGGAUUUUACAGGUUCUGGAAAUAGAUCUGAAUGGAACGAGUGCAUCAAAUACAGCUGGAGAAAAGGCCACCCAAGCAACAUCAAGUAGAUGAUCACAGUUGAGCUUAGAUAACUUUGGUACCUUUUUGUUUUGAUACUCUUAGUGUGCACUGAAGUGUUUUCUGACUUUGUAACACUAAAGAUCAAAAUAAUUGAGUGCGGAGUAGGCAAAUAAUAGUAAUAUUUCAUUGUCCCCUAUUGAAUAAUGUAUUUAUUUCAAAAGAUUCCCUAUAUAAAAUCAGCAAGUGUUUCCUAAUAGGUUUUAGAAUCAAGUCUGUUGUAUUUUAGAACACUUCCAGUGCUCUCAGCUCCACUCAAACUAGAGAUACUACUUUAGUCUGUGCUUGUUUUUUGUGAUGGGUUGAAGCUUGGCCCUUUGGUUUUCUAUUUUCAUAAUUAAAUAUAAAUAUAUAUAUAUAUAUUUAUAUAUAUAUAAACACACUCCAAGGCCUGUACUAAGAAUCCUUGUUCUUCUUGAAAAAUGGUUUACAUACAGUUAAAAUCUCAUGUAAAAUGAAAAUGUAUCUACAGAUGUAGUUAUUUUUAAUAUCUCUUACAAUCUCUGUAACCCCAGUGGCCAGUUCUCCAGUGGGAUAAUUUCUGUCCUCCUCUUUCUGAGGGGAAAUGCCUCUGUUCUCACCAACUGCAUACAGCCCAGGGGCUGACAAGUGCUCUUAACUCCUCCCUUCAAGGAGUACCAAGUAUUUCCAAUAAAAAGUUGUGUGUUUUCUGGAUAUCAGAUCGGACUUGUGGCACAGAAACUCAGCACCUCAGGUAGUGCCAUUGUGGCUCUGGUUGUCCUGCUCCCAUCUCCAUGCUCCUCUGGAGUGGUCCGUAAUGCUGUGAGGCAGGCUCAACCUUCAGGUGGUGAUGAUCCCUCCUCUGCUUUCUGCAAGGCCUUCACAGCUCUAGUUCCAGAGAUGGGAUGUAAAGGGUGGAUGUCCUUCCCUGAAGCAGUCACAUCUUGAGUACAAAUGCCUAUGCUUAGGUAGAUUUCUUUUAAUAGUAAUAAUAAAAAAUAAAAAAGCCCUUCCUGGACUAAACUUUAUCAGAGUAAGCCCUUUAUGGGGUACAGAGUUGAUAGUGCUGGUAUAGUGGCAACUUUUGUAUUGCGGUUCUGUUUGCAAUUGAACUUGCUGCUAUCCUGCAAGUUCUUGUAUUCUGUGCAUGACAUUAUGUAUUUACCAUCUAAAUUUAUGAAAAUAAAAUUAAUCUCUUAUA